AUGGCACGAUCAACUUCGUCGUUCGCACCAUCUCUGCCGGCCUCGGCGGUAAAGGACGCAGUUGCGAGCAGCUCGAGCUCGCCCACCAAACGCACGUUUCAAAGCACGUUGUUCAACGUGAGAUUCGGUGCACAACGGAGCCGGCUACCACUUACCAAAGCAGAAGGCAGUGUAGCUAAACGGACACGGUCACAGUCAUCGUAUGACCCUGAUGACAGCGAAGUGGCAGAUGAUGCUGGCCGGAGCGGAAAAGUAGCGAAGAGAGAAUCAACCGAGGCCUCAACGGCAGCGCCAAAGUUCCAACAUCGAGGACCGUUUCAUCAAGUCACGAAGUCCGAGUUUUGCUCCUCAUACAAAGUGGAUGGUCUUCCGGACGCAGAAGUAUACUAUCAACCGGACUUCAUCGACCGAUCGCUUGCCGAAGAGUGGCGCUCCCAGCUCGACCGUCUGCCGGAGUGGUACCGACCCAAACUCAAGGUGUAUGGACGCGAGAUCACGCAGUCUCGCGAGAUCGCUGCUUAUGCCACCGCUCCGGGCCUUCACCUGAAAUACAGCGGCCACCCCGUCGAGAUGCAUGCCCCCUUCCCGCCGCUGCUCGACCAUAUUGCCUCUCUCAUUUCCUCCAAUACCUGUCUUGGCGAAGAGGUGCGCUUCAACCACUGCAUGCUCAACCGCUACGACGAUGGAAGCAUCUACAUUGGUCGUCAUUCGGACACUAUCGAGAACAAGGUCAUCGUAACUGUGUCAUUAGGCGCAGAUCGAAGCUGGGUCAUGGAACGCAAAUCUUCAAGAAAAAAGGAGGUGCAGGAGGACAAGGUCAUGGUCAAGAAACGCUGGACUCUGGCCGGUGGCAGCUUGCUCGUGAUGCAGGGUCAGACUCAAAAAUGGUAUACCCAUGAGAUACCCAAGGAGCCCAGAGUCAAAGGGCCUAGGAUUAGUAUCACUUUCCGCCAGUUGGUCUAUGACAAGUAA